AUGGAAAAAAAGAGACUACGUACAAACAACAGGACAUUUUAUUGGAAUUGUUUUAAUCCUAGGACUUUGGUCACUCCAACUGUGACCAAGAAACAUUGGGCAUGUCUCCUUACAUGUGCUGUUGCUGUUCAUCUAACAGGUUAUCAAGGCUACAGUCAGCCCCAGGGAGGCUACACGGGCCAGGCUCCGCCGUCAGGCUACCCUGGUCAGGCUCAAGGGGCACCUCCAUCAGGAUAUCCCAGCCAGCAGCAGCAGCAGCAGCAGCAGCAACAGCAGCAGCAGCAACAGUAUGCUGCAUACCAGCAAUCUCAAGCUGGAUACCAGGGACAGCAGCCUCAAGGUGGUUACCCUGGACAACAACCUCAACAAGGAUAUGCAGGACAGCAGACUCAGGCAGGUUACCCUGGUGCUUCUGCGGGCAUAGACCCCAACAUUGUAUUGUGGUUCCGUUCUGUGGAUCAAGAUAACUCGGGUCACAUCAACUCCCGAGAAUUGCAACAAGCUCUGCAGAAUGGCAGUUGGUCACCGUUUUCUGAAGAGGCUUGUAAACUUAUGAUAUCCAUGUUUGACACUGACCAUAGUGGAACCAUCAACAUGCAAGAAUUUGGACAGUUAUUUCUGUUUGUCAACCAGUGGACGGAGGUCUAUCGUCGCUAUGACAGAGAUAACUCUGGACAUAUUGAUGAGAAUGAAAUGAGUGCAGCACUGCAGCAGAUGGGGUACCGCCUCUCUCCACAGUUUGUAAGCUUCCUGGUGUCCAAAUUUUCACCAAGAUCGAGAAAAGUUACACUGGAUAAUUUUAUUGUCAGUAAUAUUCAACUUCGCAAUUUGACUGAAGCUUUCAAGAGCCGUGACCGUGAAAUGAAAGGAGUCAUUACCAUCAGUUAUGAAGAAUUUAUCAGCCUUGCAUUUACAAGUCUUAUGUAAUGUUUGUACUUAGGUGGUUAUAGCUGUCUUCUAAUAGAAAGGCAUUUUUACUAAUAUAAAAAAAUGUUACAUAAAGGAACAUGUUUUUAAUUUUUCAGUAUUUUAGACAUACAGUAUUGGCUUGUGAAUGAAUUUUAUAACAUGGCAGCAACAAUUUCACGCCUUCAGGGGCUAGUUGGAAGAACAUUGUGGCCUUAAGUGUAGAUAGUACUGAUGUGAUUUUUACUGGUUUACUCAGCCUGGCAUCAAUAAGUCAACUUUACCAAUUUUUGAUAAACCACCUAUAAACUAAAUAUUGUACAGUUUUAAAUAUUACAGUGCAUGGGUAUAUUGUGUCCAUGAACCAAUAUUGAUUCGAGUAUGGCAUCAUACUAGAAAUAUACACCAAGAUGUUACAUCAGACACUAAUACAACCACUCAAUCCACUUUUAAUAUGCUGUUAAAGUAGUUAGAAAAUGGACUUCUGAGUACACUAGUUUACAGGGUUGUUGACUGUAUUUAGACUGUUGGCAACUGUUGACAGUCUUGAAUACAUGGUGCAAAAUAAUGGUGUUAUAUUUUUAUGUUGUUACUAAUUAUCAGCUGCUCUGUGAUUCACUAAAAAAUGCAGACAUUUAUAGAGGUUUUUAAGGUAUUAAUAAAUUACUUACUUUGG